ACAAUAAAUAUAAUGAAAAUAUCAAAAUCCUAAGUUAUGAUUAUUAGUGUAUCGAAGUUUAUAUUAUUUUAUAGUUAAAUCGAUAGAAAUUAUGUUCUGUCUUAACUUAUGAUAUAUAUAUUAUUAUUUUAUAUUAAAAAUGGCUUCAAAGUUGCCCAAAAAUGCGAUGGGUUUAAAACAGUUUCUUCUUCGGCAAGAGGUUCUUAAGCUGUAUAGAGAUAUAUUUCGUACAUUAAGAAAAGUGCCUGAUAAAAGUACUCGAGACGAAUUAAGAGAUUGGGCAAAAACAGAUUUUAAAAAUAAUAAACAUCACACUGAUGAAACUGUUAUCAAAUCGAUGUUACACUAUGGAAGAAAGUCAUUAAAGGAUCUUCAGAGAUCUCUUGCUCUUAGUGAAAGUUAAUAUGGGAGUGUACAGUCAUUUUUAUUCAAAAACUAGAUUUCCGCCCGCGGCUUCGCCCGCGUUUGCAAAGGAAAACCCGCAUAGUCCUAUGUGGUAAUCCAAGUUACCCUCUAUAUGUGUGCUAAAUUUCAUUGU